GUUUCUGUGACGUCCUGCAGGAUGGAGGAGUCUGACCUGCUGAGAGAAAGGCUGCACGCCAUCACUGAGAAGAGACGCAUUCAGGAGGACAUCAGACAGAAGAAAGAAGAGCUGGACCGAGAGAAACUCAAACUGCAGCAUCUCAAGAAAAAAUCUCUGAGGGAGCAGUGGCUGCUGCAGGGAGCAAAUACCCACAAUGCAACAGACUCUACACAACAGCAGCAGCAGCAGCAGCAGAGUACCAUGUGUGACCAACAGCAGGCCAAAAUUCUGCAGCUUAAAAUACACAGGAUGGAGAUGGACAUCCUGUCUCUGGAGAGGGAGGAGUCCAUCGUCUCUACCAAUGAGAGCUUUAUUCUCAGAAGACUGAAGGCCGUGGAGAAGAGUCCACAGGAUAUAAUCAAGGAGGCUCAGGACAGCUUCGUCCCUGAUCCCCCUUCAGUCACCCCGGUGGUCCCUGAUUCCCCAGAAUACACCUCUCCUGCAGACAGCCAUCUUCCUGAGCCAACACCUCAGAGGCAGACUCUGUUUGCCAUGGAGAUCAACGUGACUAAAAACCUGCUAACAGGGGAGAGCACCGUUCUGUCCACGACAUCCGUAUCUGCUGACGAGAUAAACCAACACACAGGGCUGAAGGUUUAUGAUGAUGGCAGGAAGUGUGUCUACGCACUCAACCCACCAGAGGGGUCACAUGACCAGCGAUGCUUGUCUGAGCUCUCAGCCAAUGAGGUGGAGCAGCUGCUGAGAAGCGCCUCAAAGCAUCGGCAGGCAAACCGCCAGAACUACCACCCCCCUCCAAGCAGGAGGAAGGAGCAUUACACCUACAACCACCAUAAUGAGAAAGACAGAGCAGGGGGCGGUGACAUCAACAACAUGGGUAGUCACCAUGGCAACCACCUCCUCAGUAACAACCAAGUGGAGACAGACUUCCACUGGCGCCCAAACGCUGAGCAUCGUUACAGUCACCAUGAAAACUACUGCAGACGACAGGAAGACAGGAAUAACCAGAACAACCUGAGGGAGGGCCAUCGCCAUGGAAACCAUAGUGGGUUGGGACAUCAGUAUGGCAACCAGAGAGAUGGUCACUACAGCUCUUACGAGGGGUGUAACUGUCAGGAGGAUCGACCUCACCGCUGCUGCAUCAGCCGCAGUAACAGCAGGGUAACGGGCAGAGCCAAUGGCUGCCCUACACCAAGGUCACGUGACCAGGAAGUGGUGUCUGCCCAUCAGCAGCAGCUCUGCUACACUCCAGCCAAUCACAUUCCUCUCAGUGAUUACAUUAGUGUAGAUGAAGAGGAGCUGUACUGCCUGAACCAACCCUCCGACCACAACGGAAACCACCGCUACACUGACGCCGCCCCCUCCGACAGAAUGCCUUCACCACUCUUUGAAGACAAUGCUGCCUACACCAUCCUGAACGCUGUCGACACCACUGAGCCAAUCACAGCCAUCUUCAUGGGAUUCCAGACUGCACAUGACGACAGUGGGCCAGCGCAGGAGUACGAGGGGUCUCUGAAGGCGGAGAUUAUUGUCAUCGAAGACAACGACGAAGAAGAUGAUGGGGGCAACCAUGACACAAAGGAGAACAGCAAUGGCCAUCAACCAGGAGUAUUAGCCAAUGGGAACGUGGGACAGACACUGAGACAAGGACCAGGUAUCAGAAGGAUUCAGAAAAAACACCGACACUGUUGUGCUGUCUGCUAA